ACCUAUGUGGCUAUGUGCCCAUUUGUGCCAAAUAGAUUUCUGUAAACAAACAACGCUUACACUUUUAUUUUAGAGCUUCAACCAAUUAGAAUAAGUUUAACAUUGAUUUUCAAAAUAGGAAAUAACCAAACUAUGAGCAAAGAAAUACCCAUUGACAUCUUUAUCACUGAUGAAAAAAUACAGUAUGAAAACUAUUCGCAGAUACAAAUUGACUGCAUAAAUUUUUGUGAUAUUGAAUAUGCAAAUUUUUAUAGCAAAUAUAUGUUACACAACUUGCCGUGCAUCAUCAAAAAUGUUUCAAAUAACUGGAAGUGUUCCAAUGAUUGGAUCAAAAAUGGUGAAAUCAACUAUGAAUAUUUUACACGGGAAUACGGUGAGCUAGAUGCACCGGUUGCAGACUGCGACGAAAUAAACUUCAAUGCUCAAUGCAAAUGUAAUAUGAAAGUCAAAGAUUAUAUGAGUUACUUAAGAAACAAAAAUAAAGAAAAACUCUUGUACUUAAAAGAUUGGCACCUGAGACGGCUUACAAAUUAUAAUUUCUAUGAUGUGCCAAUUAUAUUUGCAUCAGACUGGCUUAACGAAUAUGCUUUAGAUAACAAAGAGGAUGACUUUAUGUUUGUUUAUAUUGGACCGAAAGAUACGUGGACACCUUUCCAUGCUGAUGUUUAUUCAUCAUACAGUUGGUCAGUUAAUGUAUUUGGCAGAAAGAAAUGGAUUGUACUUCCACCUGGUGAAGAGGCAAAAUUAAAAGAUUCUCUCGGAAAUCUACCACUGCUGUUUGAUCCAAAUAAACAUAAAGAUGUAAAGUAUUAUGAGGUUAUCCAAGAAACAGGGGAUGGUAUUUUUGUCCCAUCAGGGUGGCAUCAUCAAGUUUUUAAUUCACUGGACACUAUUUCUAUAAAUCAUAAUUUCAUAAAUUCUUGUAAUGUGGAAUUUGUGUGGAGAUCACUAGAAGAUAAUUUAAUUUCUGUAGAAAAUGAAAUUGGUGAGUUCAAAGAAACUCCAGAUUUUAUAUCACAGUGUCAAUUAAUACUGAAAUCUGUGUUUGGUAUGGAUUUUGAAAUAUUUAUAAAGUUCCUUGUCCACAUUGCACAAAAAAGAAUAAAUCAUCUAAAUGGAAAUAUAUGUAUACUCUUCAACACUUACACCUUACAGAAGAAUCAUGUUACUUUUGAUCUUUACAAAAUAUUAAAAAUUAUUCAAUUCUUAGAAAAUCAUCCAUUGCUGACAAACAAACUUAUAUCACAGAACAUACUUACAAAAUUAUUACAUAUGAAAAACAAUAUUCAUAAUAUAUUGAAGUGAUUGAAUAGAAGAUUUUUGAUUCAUAAGAAAUAUCAAAAUUAUUACAUGAAAUGAACAUUUUAUAAAUUAAAGUGAUUAGACUCAUUACAAA